CAAAAAUAAGCCCGAACAAAAUAAUUCAAUCCGAAUAUAAAACCCAAAUAAGCAAACCGUCUAUCAAAAUGCCAUCGCCAAUGUGCUUUAGGUUCUGUUUGUUUCAAACAGUAGCUGAUCAAUAGAAGUUGACUAUUUUAUGUUCAGUAGGAGAAGUUUUAGCACGUUUGUUUGAGAGUUGAGAAGUAACCUUGAGAAGUUAAAAAAACAAAAAGAUUUGAAGUUCGCUACUGAAGUUCGGGAGGUGACUAGUAGUUGAAACAAAAGGAGCCUGAAAGAUUCAGGAGCUAUUGGGAAUUUCAACCCAAGUCACCCCAUGAAAUUCAUUGCUAUUUUGGUUGCAGUUCAUAGACGUGGGAACUAUGGUUUCUCCAACAGUGUUUGCGCGGCGGAGCCUUUGCUACCUGCUCUACGACCAACCUGACGCAGCUCUACGUGAUGGGAUGCAAGCGCAAUGCGUGUACCCAGACUGGUCGACGGCGUUCUACAUGCAAUCUGUGGCGCUGGCGAAGCUGAACAUGCACAACGAUGCAGCAGACAUGUUAAACGAGGCAUCUACUCUGGAGGAGAAGAGACUACGCAAAGCAUCUUGAGAUAUGGUAAAUGAUCAUAGAAUCGUAUAAAUUACAUUUUGGUUUAGGAUGGAUUGAAGAUUUUGGGUCUCUGGACCUGUGGUUGGGUAACUCUGUUGUUUAUUGGUUUGUUGUAGCCUUGUAAUGGAGGGGUUGUUCAAAGUGUGUGUGUAUAGAAGGCAAAUGUGUUUAUUUUUGAGAGGGAAGAGGAGGAAGGGAUUUUCAAUGUUCAGAAUUGUAAAAUAUAGAGUGGGAGAGGGGAAGGACAAAUAAUAUGAUUCUUGGGUUUAGACUUGAUGUUCUUCAUUUUUCUUGUUCAACAAGUCAUGAAAUAAAUCUCUUGUUCUUUC